GUUGUUACAUUCAGUGUGUGAGAGAUACUGUAUGUCAGUAAGUGACGCCUUCAGCACCGGGAGCUGUCCAUGGUUUUGAAUUUCCGAGCAGCAGUGUUCAUCAGGACAGACGAGGCAGAGUGGAUACAUACCUCUAUACCUACGGACGUCUGAGUGAGUGAGUGUAGAAAAAAGGAACUAAACGGGUUUUUUUAGAAAUAUUUUUUUUCCCCCUCUCUCGACUUGGAAACCAUAAAAAGUAAUCAUCUAGAAAUAGUUCCUUCAACCGUCGCCAUGCUCCCCGCGCAGGAAGCGGCUAAGAUCUACCACACCAACUACGUGCGUAACGCGCGCGCCGUGGGUGUCUUGUGGACCAUCUUUACCAUCUGCUUCGCCAUCUUGGUGAUGGUGGUGUUCAUACAGCCCUACUGGAUCGGUGACAGCGUCAACACCCCGCAGGCGGGCUACUUUGGCCUGUUCCACUACUGUAUCGGGAACGCGCUCACCGGUGAGCUCAUCUGCAAAGGGAGCGCGCUGGACUUCGGCUCCAUCCCAUCCGGGGCCUUCAAGACAGCCAUGUUCUUCGUUGGCAUAUCCAUGCUGCUGGUGGUGGGCAGCAUUGUUUGCUUCAGCCUCUUCUUCUUCUGUAAUGCCGGCAGCGUCUACAAGAUAUGUGCAUGGAUGCAGCUGGCCUCCUCCACUUGCAUGGUGAUAGGCUGUAUGAUCUACCCUGACGGCUGGGACAGUGAGGAGGUGAAGAGGAUGUGUGGACAGAGAACAGAUAAGUACACCCUGGGUAACUGCACGGUGCGCUGGGCCUACAUCCUGGCUAUCAUCAGCAUCAUGGACUCCCUCAUCCUCUCCUUCCUAGCUUUCUCCCUGGGGAACAGGCAGGACCAGCUACUGCCAGACAACUUUCAGGUGGACGGGAAAGAAAAAGACAAAGAGGAAGCCUGAGCUCAUUAUCAACCACAGAAGACAGAUGUACUACAUACAACACGAAAGACGGACCUGUGAGGUGGUGGUGUUGUGGAAAUAAAGCCCAGCUAGUUAAAAGGCAAUAUCAACUCCACUUUAGUGCAUCACUUUACAAUAAUACAUGUACCUGGUAGAACGCUGAUAAGUGAUAAUAAAAUGUUGCAUAUUAAUAUACCCUGACCUUGCUUUACUUGAAUAUAGAAUAUACUGCACUGCCUCCUAACAAGUACAAGUCAGCCAUUUUCAAAAUCUAAAUGUUUAUUCAACUACAGAAAAUGCUUAGUUUAGCAGUGAACAAUUAAAUGCAGAGAGGGAGGUCAGGAGAGGGGGAGGCAGAUGAGGAAGAAAGGCAAUGAGAGGUCAGGGGAAGAGCGCAUUGAGAACGAGGGCGGGAGGAGAGGGGCUUGUAGAAAAAGAGCAACCAAUGGGAUCGGGGGGAGGGCACCCUUCAAAGCAUUAUAACAGUGUCAUCAUUCUUUAUUACAAUCCACGAUUAUACAUUUCUCUCUCUUUGAUGCAUUUAAAACAGUCCUACACUGCAAGAGGGGCAACGUCAGUAUGAAAAUAAGCUUUAAAAAUGCAGCAAAAAAAACUAGCAAAUGCAUCUCAAGGCAUCAAUCGACCUCAUAACGACUCAUUCAAACAUUUGCACCUUAGCAGAGUGUGUAUUCCAAAAGGCAUCCGAUUCCCUAUAUAGUGCAUUACUUUUGACCAGAGCCUAAAUGGGCUCUAGUCAUAAAUGGGGCACAAAAUACGUAAUAGGGUGCCAUUUGGGACACAGGCAGAGCUUCCGCUCCUUCAUAAUAUACACAGUUCAAACAGAAGCUCCAAACACAAGUUCAGAGAGACAAGGCCAACUCUUUGGUACAGAUAUGUACAAGAUAGGGGUUCAGAUAUGGGUUGUGCCUAAAAUGGCACCCUGUUCCAACUAUAUAAAGAAUGAGUCAUUUUUUUUUUGUAAAUCUGCUCUGGAAUCGAAUACAGAAUUCUGAUAAUUUUUCUGAAACGGGAAAAUUCCUACGCUCUUGUAUCACACCAUCUAGCAAAAAAAAA